GCAGCCGGCGGAGUGGAGCUUCCACCACAGUUCCUCUCCCCGCCUUCCUCCCUCAUUCUUCGGCAGCUUCGCGGAGGACUUACACACUUUCCCGGUUCCUCAGGCAACUCCUCGCCGUCCGCUUUCCUUCGGAGACUACGGGUUUUACCUUCAAGCCUUCCGGUUGUCGUUUACGAGCGGACACAAUUAUCUGCCAUUAAAGCCGGAAAUACAACAUUGUUGUCCCCGGUACACCGGUCCUAUUCGGAAGAGCAACAGCCUGGAAGACAACAGUGAGGUAAACAAGUAGCACAUCCCACUGCAGUCAUGGAUGAGAUGGACCUGCCCCAGAUGAAGAAGGAGGUGGAGAGCCUCAAGUAUCAGUUGGCCUUCAAAAGAGAGAAGUCCUCCAAAACAGUGACAGAUUUGGUGAAGUGGAUAGAGGACGGCGUCCCUGAGGAUCCUUUCUUGAACCCCGAGCUAAUGAAGAACAACCCGUGGGUGGAGAAAGGAAAGUGCAUCCUUCUGUAGGAGGAUGCGACCGGCCUGACGUUCCCUUCCCUGACCCCAGGACCUCUCAGCAUGAAUGUACAACACACGCCCCGACAAGGCCUCACCGAACACACUUUUGCCUGACUUUCACUCAGUCAAUGUACGCCAUCGGUACUCCACCUCGUCCGCCAAUACCACGACUCUACUGCGCUUUUGCAAUUACCAACGACACGCUUUCUUCCAAUUCACGGGUGAUGGGCGACAUCUUCAUGGUUCACUCAGCUCAAUACAGGCGUUUCUUACCAACUCUUUGUAUUCUCCCAAAUAAACUGUUUAAUUAGGUGGUUGACAUAACAAUGCCUUAAAGUCGCUCAUGGUCAUGAUGCAUUCAGAUAACAUUUGAAGACAUUGUGACUUCUUUUUCUUAAAUACAUUUAAAUGACUACUUGUACACCACGGAUGUUUACACCUCUGGCCAUUUAAGAGUCACAACGUCUUAUGUAUUUAAAGACACUUUGUUUCAGGUCACAAAGCGUUUAAAAAACCCUCUUUAUCUCAGACAUUUUUGUCAGUUUAUGUUGCAAACAUGAAUCUAAAAUGAAAAAAAGCGGGCUGAUAUUGCGUGGUACGACUCGAAACACGCCUGGGCUUGAACCCACAGCUCCCGUCUGACUGCGAGUUGAGCAUGCGAGCCGGCUCAUUGACCGGCGGGGCUCUUGAGGUGUUGGGGAGUGUGGUUUACUUUUGGUGGUAGCACACAGCUUAGCUGUUAGACGUACCUAUUAACCCGCCCGUUCUUUCCACCCAGCAAUAUCGACGUAACACAUCCUGUAGACAGUGAAGUCAGGCCUUCACAAUAAAGCACGGCAGUAAAAAUGAACAGAGUUUUCCGGAAAAUUUCCCUUAUUUUCACACUUAUUUUGAAAUAUAAAUUGCAAUAUCGACGUAACACAUCCUGUAGACGGCGAAGUCAGGCCUUCACAAUAAAGCACAAAAGUAAAAAUUAACAGAGUUUUCCGUAAAAUUUCCCUUAUUUUCACCUUUAUUUUGAAAUAAACAUUAUACAGUAUGUAUUUUAACUUUCAUGGGGUAAAAAAAUCCUCUUGGGCAACAUUGGCGUAACGUAUACUAUAGCCAGUGAAGUCAGGGCUUCACAAUAAAGCACGGCAGUAAAAAUGAACAGAGCUUUCCUGAAAAUUUCCCUUAUUUUCACCUUUAUUUUGAAAUAAAAGUCAGGCCUUCACAUAAAGCAUGUCAGUAAAAAAAAAACAUAAAUUUGCUGUAAUUUCUACCCUUAUUUACCCAUUUAUUAUUUUGAAAUGCAAAUGAUACAGGAAAUAAAAUCCUCUCGGGCACCAUCGGCAUAACACAUCCUGUAGCCACUAAAGUCAGGCCUUCAGAAUAAAGCAAGGCAGUGAAAAUAACCACAGAGUUUUCGGGAAAAUUUCCCUUGUUUUCACCUUUAUUUUGAAAUAAAAAUUAUAUGUAUUUUAACUUUCAUGAAAAAAAAAAAAUCCUCUUGGGCAACAUUGGCGUAACAUAUCCUUUAACCAGUGAAGUCAAGCUUUCAAAAUAAAGCACGGCAGGAAAAUUACCACAGUGGAAAGACCAAAAUGUUCUGGAAAAUGUCCCUUAUUUUCAUAAUUAUGCCUAUAAUAUUUAUUAUGACUUUCAUGGAGAAAAAAAGUAUCUUGAGCAACAUUGGCAUGACAUGUUAUAGUUAGUAAAGUCAGGCCUUCAAAAUAAAGCAUGUCAGUAAAAUAACCACAGAGGAAAAAAUGGAAAUUUUCCGGAAUUUUUACCCUUAUUUACCCCUUUAUUAUUUUGAAAUGCAAUUGAUACAGGAAAUAAAAUACUCUCGGGCACCAUCGGCAUAACGCAUCCUGUAGCCACUAAAGUCAGGCCUUCAGAAUAAAGCGAGGCAGUGAAAAUAACCAGAGUUUUCCGGAAAAUUCCCCUUAUAUGAAAUGAAAAUUCUAUGUAUUUUAACUUUCAUGAAAAAAAAAAAAUCCUAUUGGGCAACAUUGGCGUAACAUAUACUGUAGCCAGUAAAGUUUGGCCUUGAAAAUAAAGCAAGCCAGUAAAAAAAAAAAAAAAAUGGAAAGACCUACACUUUCCUUAUUUCCCCCCUUUGUUUUUUUAAAGACAAUAAUAUGUAUUUUAACUUUCAUCAAACUCCAGCACCCCCCGCCAUCCCGAGAGGGACAAUCGGUAGAAAAAUGGAUGGACGGAUGGAAAAAACAUUCUGUAGCCAGUGAAGUCAGGCCUUCACAAUAAAACAACCACGUGGAAAGACCUAAAUUUCCCUAAUUUUACGGAAAUGUUCCAUUAUUUUGAAAUGGAAAUUAUAUUUAUUUUAACUUUCAUGAAGAAAAAAAAUCAUUGGCGUAACACAUCCUGUAGCCAGUAAAAUCAGGCCUUCAAAAUAAGGCCCGCGGGUAACGUAACCAAAGUGGAAAGACCGGAAUUUUGCUUAUUUUU